AUGGGUGUCUUCAAUGUUAGUAAGAAGUUGAGCAAAAUUUCUAAAAUUGACGGGAGAAUCUCAGAUUCAUGGAUCAAAGAUCUGUACACUGAGGAGCAGGCUACUCACGCAGGAAAUUUUCAAGGUUAUGAGGAUUACAACGAAGGAACUUCUGAUGAUGUGAUUGAAAUAACAGAUUUAGAAGAUGUGCUUGCCAAUGCUACCAGUGAUAAUGCAGAAGUGAUACCAACAAAUGGAGGGAAAAAACAAAAGCUUCAAAUACCAAAAAACGACCAUCUGAAGAGCUUUCUUCUGUUAUUACAUCUCCUCCCAACCUUCGCAAUAUCAAAAUACCCUCCUUAUAAUAAUGCUGAAUCACAUAAAAAUGCUUCGGAUGAUUUGGAAGAAAUUGAUACAGAAACCUUAUUGGGGUAA